GAAAUUGUCUAAUCAAGAAAAUGGAAAAUAAUCUUAUGCGGAUAUAGAAGGCUUGUCCAGUAAAUUGCCAAUCAAAUUAGGGGCGUUGUGAUAAGAAGAUCAUUAAAUGGAUUUUACCGAUAAAGUCAUUAUUGUUACUGGGGCAAGUUCGGGCAUUGGAGCUGCAGCUGCAGUAAAUUUUGCCGAAUUGGGAUGUGGCCAGUUAACGAUUGUGGGACGAAAUGUGGAUAAAUUGCAAGAAACAGCUAACAAGAUCCUUGCCGUUAAUGGAAAAGCCCCUCUUCAACUUAAAGCUGAUAUGGCCAAUGAAGAAGAUGUGAAGCGUAUAGUGCAGGAAACACUUGGUAAAUUUGGAAAAAUCAAUGUUUUAGUCAACAAUGCCGGCGUUUUGGAAACUGGCACUAUUGAAAAUACUUCAUUGGAACAAUACGAUCGUGUAAUGAACACAAAUAUACGGGCUGUAUAUCAAUUGACCAUGAUAGCAGUUCCCGAAUUGAUUAAGACCAAAGGUUCCAUUGUGAAUGUAUCAAGUGUUAAUGGCAUACGCUCAUUCCCUGGGGUAUUGGCGUACAAUAUUUCCAAAGCAGCGGUGGAUCAAUUUACUCGCUGCGUUGCCCUUGAGUUGGCAUUGAAGGGUGUACGUUGUAACUCUGUGAAUCCAGGAGUUAUUAUAACGGAAAUCCAUAAACGGGGUGGUAUGGAUGAGGCAACAUAUGCGAAAUUCUUGGAACAUUCAAGAUCCACACAUGCCUUGGGAAGACCCGGACAAGUGGAGGAGGUGACAGCUGCUAUUGCAUUUUUGGCUAGCGAAAAGGCUAGUUUUAUUACUGGAGCUAGUUUGCCCGUGGAUGGUGGCCGUCAUGCCAUGUGUCCAAGAUAAUAAAUUUUAAAACUUCAUAAAAUCACAGCCAUGAAAAAAUUUAGCGCGAGAUUAUUUUAUUUUUAAAAAAAUUAUAAAAAUUCUUAUUAACCGAAAAUAUUGAAAAAGUAUAGUGUCAAUAAAUGUGAUAGCAAUUCUUAUUAA